CAACCGAAUUUCUGUAUACCGAAUAACGGAGUUUAAACUUGAUACAACAGCAGGAUCUAAUUAGCAAAACUUGCGUGUAUAAUAUUUGAAUUAACCAAACAUUUUGUUCAGCUAGAGGUAAUCCCUUUAGAGCCAAGCAGAUUUGAGUUCUAGAAAAUUGACUUUCUGUAUAAGGUGAAAUAACCUUACAAAGAUGACAUCACCAGACUAUGACGUCAUCAAGGAUAUACCUGGCUACAAGGUCAUUCUCAAAUCUGUCCUGAAAAGUCAAAUACAACAGCUGGUUGAACAGCUGGCUACCAGUACAGAAGAAGAAUCUGUGAUUCUGACGGCCAGUGUGGCAGAUGGAACACUCAGUCAUUUAGGCUCCCAGCUUGGUAAAGGCUUCCUCGAAGAUCACGAGGACAUAAAAUCUCAGUUCCUAGGCUUCUGUCUCAAAAACCAUCAUAACAGAAAACAGGAAGAAGAGAAACUGAAGGCUGCAGAAGCGUUACAACAAAGUAUGCAAGCACACCAAAAUGUUUACACCAGGUCACCUGAAAAAUAUCUCUCCAAAAUGAUGACUUUUCAAUCUCCUAGAGGUCAAGGUCCUCCUCCAGUGCACCCAGUGGCGAUGCUUAGGUCAUCUGCAAUAAGAUCCACUGGUGUCAGGUAUGAGCCUUACCGUCAAACUAGACCGCCAAAGAGACCGUCUAUAAACAGUGGCAGAAAUCCGGUUCUUGAUUCAAGUUUCAGUCCUGUGAAGGAUGAUGAUAAAAUUGUAGAACAGAUAAUUAAAAUAGAACCUACUAGUGAUAAUGAAUCUAAUGAACAAAGUGAAGUUGAUGUGUUAAAUAGCAAAACUAUUGACAAUUCAAAAGUAUCAGCAUCCCAUGAAACGGAUGCCACACAAAAUAUGAGCUCUCACUGUGCGGAUAAAGAGGAUGAUGCUACAUCUGAAACUUCUAACUCUAAUUUACAUCACGAACAAACUUCGGAAGGACUUGGAUUUGAUUCCGAUUUAACAAACGUGAUCUCAGGAUCUGAUCAAACUCCGGGAAGUGAGAAUGAUCAGUCUGAUUAUGUUAAGAUGGAAGCAAUAAGUGAAAGUGAACUUGAGUUAGAGAUUACAGGUGUAGAGCCAGGUAGACCAGCUGUUUCACAGGAGAGCUGGGAUCCAAAUAUAUCGAUUGGAAUGAAUUAUGACAAUACUCAAGGUGCUGCAGGGAACCAGGCUGACCUCUCAUCUCAAGGUUACAAUAUGUGCUUUGAUGGUGAUUUAAAUACAAUGCAAUCUAUAAUCCACGAGGAAACGUUAGACCAUGCAAAGUCUGGUAAACUGACAAAUGCGCAGAUUCUUCAACAAAACUUUUCUAAUUAUUAUACUAUUUCAAAGAUUGAUGGAUUGUCGGUGUACAUAUGUAGCGUGAUUGGCUGUAGAAAAGUGUUCCGGUGCGGCCGGGCCAUGCUCAGACAUGUCCGGACACAUACUAAAGAAAAACCAUUUGCGUGCCGCUUCUGUAAUUACAAAUCAUCUAGAAAAGAUAAUCUGAAAGUGCAUGAAUAUAAACAUAUUUCACAAAUAGGAAACAGUGACAAUUCCACAGCAACAGACCAGAGUAGUUUUACAGAAAUAUGAUGUCAGGAAGUGAAACUUACAGAUUUGUUAGACCUGAAAAAUUCUGAUUUUUAUACCCAAGAAAAAGUCUUUGUGUGACUGACUGUGAGACAUUUAAAUGAGCAGGCUCUAUACUUUAUCCCAUGAAAAAUAAGAAAAUAUCAAAAGAUUAUUAUAGAAAAACUACCUGAA